UAGAGCUCCGCGGAGCUCCCAUUGGCCGCGCCCCGCCCACGUGGCCCUCACACGGGGCACGGGACGCGGGCGGGCAGGCGCUGCUGCGAACGUUACACAGCUCGGGCGGCCGUUGGGGAGGGAAAGGCAAUGGGGCAACGUCAACGCACCGCUCCGCUCCCCGGCCCGAGGGAAAUGGGUACGGACGGACGCCUGCCUCGCCGCCGCCGGACUCCUCGCUGUGAGGGCGGAGCGGCUUUUCCCCCCCACUAGCACGGAGAGCGACGGGGAAUAACGGGCUCGCAGGGUGCCAGGGAACGGGGUGGCGACGGGAGGACGCGAGCACUGCGCACGCGCCGCGGCGGCCGCACUCUUCUUGGCCGCGGCCACUGGAACUUUCUGGAAAUGGCGGCGGCCUGGCUGCGGUGCACCUGAUGGCGGGACAGGGACAGGGCGAGGGGACGAGAGCUUUCCAGUCCCUGCGGGAUGGGAGCCGACCUAGAGCCAGCAGCGCGAACCACCCCAUUCCCUGCUGCCGCCGCGUCCGUAGCGGCCGCUCCCUCCCCGGGGAGGGGUUUUCCGGCGGCGAUGGCGCAACCUGUUCUAUGUCUUAGCCGCACAGAUCAAAUCCAUGAUUCAUGUUUGCUUGAAGCAAAUGGUAGCAGUACCAGUAAAGGAUGGCGAAUGACAAUGAAAAUAGGCUCAAGCCAUAUUCUAUUUCUUUUUCAGAAACUGGGUGACAACAGGAACUAUGGGACCAACAAACACGCCAGGUAUCAUCUUGCAGCAUGGACCGUGCCUGACAAAAUCCAUGGUCCAAUCUGCACUACCCUGCUGUCACUCCUUGAAGAUAAACAAGGACCUACCUUGGCACUAACUCAUCAACAGAAAUGCCUGUCUCCACUGCAGGUGAUGUCAUACAGAAGAACGCUCUUUCCAUCCUGGAUGUUGUUCUCAUACAGAGUGACAAGAGAUUGCCUGACUUGGAAUUGCCAGCUCAUGUUUGGCAUGAAUUCAGCCCUCUGGGCUGCAGGAUGUGGUCCCCAGGUCCCAGUUGUGACAAUUGGUGAAAAGAAGUUUCUGCUCCCCACAUCAGUUUGCCAGGCUUUGCAGGGCCUGAAAAUAAACUCCUGCUGGGAGGAGUAAUACCACACAGAAGCUGAGGACAGGAAGAGGGUAUCUGUGAAUCCAACGGACCAGGUCUCCUGUGCAUGUAGAUACUGGAGUGCUUUUAAUCCACACAUUGAACAGUUAAGUACUUACAUUGGGUUUGGAUUUUCAGUGUAUAUAAAUAGAAUUGUAUCCCGCACUUUUAUCUAUGUCCACUGUCUGUCAUCCUCUGGCGAUCAAAAUACUGAUUCAGUCUUAGAUCCAGCUAAAUUACACCAGAGGUGAAUUUGGUCCUAUCUGAUUGGUAACUAUAUUUUGUUUCUGUCCUAAAUAAACUAGAGAAAGAAAUAAGAGCAGCAAGGCUAAAUGUGUUAGAGCAGAUUUGAAUCCUUAUUUAGCUUUUUUCCAUGAUGCAAGUCUUCAGCUCACUAUCUACCCUUAUGUCUCCUAGAACAUAUUUUGAAUGAUGAUGAUGCACUCUUUCUGGAACUGUUUACUCAAUUUAUUUGUUAUAUUUGCGCAACAUUUUACAAACAAGAUAGGUCAUUUUUUUUCCUGUUGACAUAAUUCAACAGGCUUCACUUAGGUUUGGCUAGAAGGAAUUUGGUCCAGUUAGUUUUGUUUACAGAUUUAUUCAAAAUUAGGAAAUGCUUUUAAACUCUAGGUCUGCACCUAGCUUUCUGGCUGACCUUAGGACUGGAAAAUGCCAAAGCCCAGUUUUUGCUUGUGAAAAAUGCCACUUAUAAAUAAACAUAGGAAACUUCCACCUCCUUAUCUGGAAAUUUUUAUUUUAUUUUCUGUAUGAAAUCUUUCAACCACCAAUAUUUAGACUGUUUUCCAAGGAAAAGUUCUUUUCCUCAUCCUUUUAAGAGAGCAGGUUUCCCAUAAUUACCCUGGUCUGACUUACAGAGGAAGCAAUACACUAAGAAUUAAACUGUUGAAAGGAGGAACCACAGAGCUUCUUAAUCUACAGUUGGUUUAAAGAGACUGAACCUUUUGCUGUCUUUAAAUAUAUAUCAUGUAUUUCAUGUAAUAGAAAAGGUUUUAGCAGAAGGGGAUGAUACAAGGCAGUGUUGUGACCGUCUGAGUGCCCCAGAGAGAUUUAAACAGCGUAAGUUACAGGCAGAGCUCCUCAGUCACAGAUGCCCUCAGAACUGGGUAGGUGUAAAACUAUCUUAACGUCUAAACAUCCUGUAGGAUGAUUCAAGCACAGCACAGAAUCUCACCUCAGCACUGUAUAUCACUGUACUUCCCAUAUGUCAUUACGGAUAUAACACAUCUCCCUCCAUCUGGAAAGACCUGAGAUAAUGAGCUUUAUCUUCACAGCAUUUUUAUGCCUGGAUAAACAUUAUGCUAGUUUGGUUCUAAAGGUCAUAGCCUUUAUAGCUGAGCCUUAUAGCUGCUGUAAUUGCCUGACUUCAGAGAGGAUAUAAAAAACAAUUUCAGCUCCUUUUAUCAUAUAUAGUGCAAAUAGCAUACGUAAGUCUGUUUGGUUAGGCAACCCUCCUAUCUGAUUUAAAAGUGUAAAACUUCCCUUGUGUGUAAUAUUGCAGCAUCAUACAUGCAUCCAGCAAUACUCUUUUGGUUCCAAACAAGGAGAGAUUGCUUUUCAAGCAAUGGGUACUUAAAUGUGGAACUUGCUGCUGUGUGGAAUGAUGAAUGCCAAACCGUACAUGUGUUGAGAAAAUGGAAAUAACAAAUCCAUCAAAAAAACCCCAACAAACCACCAAAGGCUAUGAAGCACAAAUGUCACUUCUGGGAUGGCAAAUGCCUGAGCUUCAGGCUGUUAGGAACUGGAAGAAUUUGUCAUCAGUAUUUGUUUGCCCUAUUACAGUGUGCCUCAUGCUCUACUAUUGGCCACUGCUGGGCUACGUGGGUCUUCAGUGUGACCUCCUGCAGCCAUUUCCACAUUCAGAUAUUAUGAUUUUUAAUAGACAAGUGUAAAACAGAGGGCUGUGCUGGUACCAUGUUUUAGGAAGCAAAAUCAUAAACACUAAGUCCCAGUGAGGAUUUUUUUCAGUUCACUUCAAACAGCAGAAGAGGGAAACUUUUUAAAGCCUUAAGUUUAGUGUUUGUUAAAAGAUCGGGUUUAAGUCCUGAAGAAUGUGCAUAUGCUUGAAAGGUUGGGAUUUGUGAGACUGCACUAUUAUCUGCUAACAGAUAGUACUCUUCUCACAAGCCUUGCCUUUCUUUGUUUCUUUAUGGUGAACACUGUAUUUAUAACGAGGUUUAAUUAACAACUACGUUAGAGCUUCUUUGCGAAGGUUUGGCUGGUUGAUUUAGUCUGGCUUGUUAUCAUGAAACAAAAGGAUGAAGUAAAGGGCAGGCUUUAAUAGAAGAGAUGGAGAGUCACUGGGCAAGCUGCUAAUCUCUGUCAGAGUCCAUACCUUGUAUUGCCACAGCGUCUGUCUCCAUCCUGUGAUUCUGUUGCAUUGCAACAAAAGAAGUAGAGUGCUGCACUUGUGAACUUUAAAGGCCAACCUGAUAGAAAACAUACAGCUACAAUUCAGAUUGUUCGAGGAAUAUGCACAGCGAUGCCAGCAGCAUCCUGUACUGUUUUAGAUUAACAGGGAGUUCCAGUGCCGACGCGGGAUACAGGGACAUGGCACGUCACAGUCUUGUUAUGUAGUGCCACCCAGAGGACGUUUGUGUCCGUUGCCACCUCUCUGCUUAGCUGGACCUGACGCCACAUCUGAACAGACCAGACAAGAGGGGAGCUGGUGCUUUAGCUGAAACUCAUCUUCAGCAGUAGUUUAACCGGAGCUACUGCACUGUGUACCGAAGAUGAGGAACGAGCAACGGUUUUUUUUAGCUGUGGGCCGACAACGUCUCCAACUACUGCUGUUUUCUAAGUAAAUGUGAGCCUUUAUACUUCAGAGGUGUAGGGAAAAAAACAGCCCUAUAUAAAUACCUAUAGAAUGAAAACAUGUUGGGUUGGUAGAGCCAACUUCAGUGAUAUCUGGAUAGUUGCAUUUUUCAUGAAAUUGGCAAUCAGGUGGUGCACACCGCCAGGUUUCUUAUAUAACCAUGCAUGGAAAAUUUUAGGAAAUAAAUGGCAGUGUGAAGCACCACUCAAAGGGUUCAUCAACAUGAAUUUGAGAAGACUGGUUUACUCACAGUAAGUGUGUAAAUUAUGCCCAUCAUCCUAAAUGAAUGUCAUGAUAUGUUGCAAGGUAUUCUGUUACAUAUGUGCUAUAUAUAUACUAUAGAAAGAAAAUCCAGCUUCUGUAAAUUUGUAAAUGUGCUAAUUAAACAACUGAGAACUACUUAUUUUAAUCCGAAAUAUAUUUCAGAUUAAAAUAUUCAGAGUGUCUGGUAGCUGGUUCUAUGCAAAAAUUCUGUUUGCAUUCAUCUAUGAUUUUCUUCAGUGAUUUCUAAUUUUGGGUUCAUCAUGGCCUUGUAUACAACCAUUUUAAACUAUGAGUAGUAAAGUAUUUCCACUUUAACCAUGGUAGCAUAAAGUCUCCAACCAUGUAUAAGAGACAUUGCUUGUAUAUUCUCAAUAAAUAAA